AUGGACGACAAUGUCCGCGUCAAGACCCGAUCUUGCGCCGGCGGCGAGACCUCAUCGGCCGCUUCGGCGUCCAGGAUCAUCGCGCAGCAGUGGGCCGCGCGGCGCCGACAGCAGGCGUGCGAGCAGAUGGUGCUCACCACGCUGGACCUCGACCGCCGCGACCGCGAGUCCGAGCUCCUCGCGCUCGCGCGCCUCCACGCCGUCUCCAUGCUCGACGCCUCCUUCCUCCACGGCGGGGACGGCGGACCCAGCGGCAGGAGGCGCGCGCGGUCCCCCGAACGCGCGCUCGUCAGGCGGAUCGCCAGGGAGUGGGCGGCGUCGGCGUCCACGUCGCCGCUCGAGGGCGCGGCGCGGGGACGGGCCCCCGGUGCCGAGGAGUGGCUGGGCGAGAGCGAGCGCGAGCGGGUGCGCUCCGUCCGCGAGCGCGUCCGCAUGGCCUGCCAGGGCUACGACGGGGAGGAGGAGGCGCCCAGGUUGAUGCGCGGCCGGCCGCAGGCGCGCGCCGACGUCGUCGUCACGCGCAUGGCCGUGGAACGCCAGCGAGAGCUGCAGGGCCUCUCCGAGCACCGCGCCGUCUCCGCCUUCGCUCACCGCGGCCGCAUUCAGUCUUUUCUCCGAGGUAGAUUCUUUUGUAGCGGAAGGCCCAUGAAUGAUGAGAGGUCGAUUUCUAUGACAACCAGAGAAUUAGGACAUGUUAGACAGAGUCAUCUUGUAUCUAGACUAAGGGAAGAAGUUCGCUUUGGAACAGAAAGCAUCACCAACGAUCAAUCAACUUUGGUGGCAUUGUCUACUCAAACAAAUUCUAUCGAUAAUGAGUAUGACAGUGUAACACCUCAAGUUGUAAGUGAUGAUAACAAUCAUAUAGAGAAUGCAACUCGUGGCUAUGAAAUCCUAACACAACAAUCAAUGCAAAAUGAAGAUUCACAUAUUGAAAACAAUGUAGCUAACAGUAAUGAUGCUCAUCAAACCGACUUUGCUCAAGAACAAAUAGAUCGAUAUGAAGAUUAUUCAGACUCAGGGUCCUCGGAACAGGACAAUGAUCAUUCUAGUUAUGCCUUUCCUGCUCCAUCUAACAAUGGUGUGCAACGCGAAGUUGAAACUUAUGGAGGACAACAAAGUGAUUCGCCAUGGUCAAGGGAUAUAUCUGGCACCCAGGAUGGACAUGACAACACCUUUGUACAUAGAGAUGAAGAAUGGCUCAUUAUUGAUUCUCAAGAACCUACACCAAACUGGCAGUUGGGACGAAGUUUCCCAUCAAGUAGAAACGUUAAUAGGCUUCAUCCAUCGGAUGAUGAUGUUUAUGGAAUUGAACUCAGAGAGCUCUUAAGCAGGCGAAGCGUGUCAAAUCUUCUUAGCAGUGGCUUUCGAGAAAGUCUGGACCAGCUCAUUCAGUCUUAUAUCCAAAGGCAAGAACAUGAUCCUCAUAAUUGGAAUUUCGAGGAGCAAAGACCAACCACUGGUUUACUCAACGAAGAUCCUAUUGAAAUCAGGAUAGAUGAACAAAAUCGAGCCGAGAGAGACACUGCACCUCAGUCAUCAACAAUGUUGCCAGAUCAAAUACUUUUCCCACAGCAACGCCAGUGGCAUAUUGAAUUGCCCCAUCACAAUUGGUUUCAACAAAGCAUGCAUCGUUCUGAAUUUGACUGGGACACUAUCCACAUUUUGCGAGAUGAGUUGACUGGAGUGCAGAGAGGAAUGACCAACAUGCAACAAAUGUUAGAAGCAUGCAUGGAGAUGCAGAUAGAGCUGCAACGCUCCAUCAAGCAAGAAGUGUCUGCUGCUCUUAACCGAUCUCUAACCAUGCAAGAUGAAGAAACGUUAGAGGAUGGAUCACAAUGGAAGCUAGCAAGGAAAGGAACGUGUUGCAUCUGCUGUGACAACCAGAUUGACUCCCUUCUUUAUAGAUGUGGACAUAUGUGCACCUGCUCAAAAUGCGCCAGUGAAUUGCUCCAUGGGGUUGGAAAAUGCCCGCUUUGUCGUGCACCUAUAAUCGAGGUGAUCCGGCCGUACUGCAUAAUGUGA